AUGUUCGCUCUCAAUGUGCACGGGCAAAGGCCCUGGCUGGCCGCAGCGACGCUAGCAUUGUCUUACUUGCGGCUGGUGGACGCGGCAGACGUGUUUCAAGUCCCCUUUACUACGGAUAUUAGUUACACCUUUGAUGGGAGCCAGUUCGACUACCUCAAAUUCUCCAUCAACGGCACAGGACAGAUCGGCCCCGACGGGCCAUGGCAAGCCGCCGUUAUCAUGCUGGGCAGCUACCAGCGCGUGUCGCUGCUGGAGCAGUGGGUUGGCGGGCUGCUGGUGCCCAUGUGGCCGACAGGGUCUGUGAUCACGCAGCUGCUGACCACCGAGGGCGGGGGAUACUACAACAAGAGCGCCAACGCGACGCGGCCGUGGAUCGAGUUUGGCGACAACAACGAGAUGGUGCUGUCUGAUUACAACGCCCGCGAGCUGUCGACGGGUCAGGGGAUUCUAGAUAUGGUCACCAUGAUCAACGCGCGGGCUGAGCAGCCCGGGUACGCCAACAUCAACGCCACCAUCUACGCCAUGAACACCUCACGCAUCCUGAUGCGCGACCCCCUCAACACGACAUACACACCAGAAGUCGGGAACCUCGCACUGGGCCGGCCGGCCGAUGUCGAUCUGCAGAACACCACGUUUGUGGGCACGAGCAUCAUCGAGCAAAUGAAGAGCCAGGGCGUCGUCAAGACCAACUCGUUUGGCCUACACCUCGGCAGCGCUCCGCUGAACCAAAAAGGGUCUCUGCUUCUGGGCGGCUACGAUGAGUCUCGGGUCGUUGGCACGGUGGCCGCCUUCGAGAUGCAGCUCGGCGUUCCCUUCAUCUUCCUGCUCGACGUGUUCCUAGGCGUCGAGACAGGGGCCAAACACUUCACGGCACCGCUCGUCGACGCCGGCAGCAGUAUCUGGCAGGGCGACGCCGUCGACGACGCUGGUGAACACUUUGGCGGUAAGAAAGGGUCUGUCCUUAUCCUGCCCAACCCGGCCGUGCCGGGCCUGCACCUCCCGGACCCCACGUGCGCCAACGCCGCCAGGUACCUACCCGUCCACUUCGAUAAUGCCACGGGAUACUGGCUGUGGGACACGACAGAUCCGGGCUACGCGCCGCUGAUUAACUCCGGCGCCUAUAUGUCCUUUGUCUUCUCCGACAUGGACGCCCGCAAUGUGACCAUCAAGAUCCCCAUGACGCUGCUGAACCUGACGCUCGACCAGCCCAUCGUCCAGAUGCCGACUCCGUACUUUCCGUGCCACGAUGUCGAUAAGAACAAUGGAUACUGGGAGCUGGGGAGGGCUUUCCUGCAGGGGUCAUUUUUUGGCAUCAACUACGAGCAGAACUUGACCUUCCUCGCCCAGGCUCCCGGGCCUGCGAUGGGCCAGUCACUCGUGCACACGAUCCAGGCCGAGAAUCGCACGCUGAAGUCGCAACCCGAUUCCGCAUUUCUCGACAGCUGGCGCGCAAGCUGGCCGUCGGCCGAGGCGGUUGUAGCUGACCAGAAUAAUAGCAAGAAACCACUCUCGGGGGGAGCCAUUGCUGGCAUUGUGGUUGGUGCAGUAGCAGGGCUGAGCGCCGUUGCAAUAUUAGUGUUUCUCUGCCGGAGAAGGAGAAGUGGACCCAGACGAGGCACGGCAGAAAUGUCCGAGUUGCAAGUCAACAGCGGCGGGCACAAAGAUAUCAAGGGUCUGGCGGAAGUGGACACGCACACGGGCGUGCACGAAGCGGCCGAGGCUGGAUUGCAAGAGGCUGCUGACACGGCCGUCCUGGAGCUGGACUCGCCUGACAAGACGCUCAACGAGGCGCCAGCGUCGCCGGGCGUCUACGAGCUCGAGUCGUUUGAAAAAGCGCUUGCCAGGCAUACGGAGAGCUCGCCGCCGGUGCAUGAGAUGCCCAUUCGGUGA